AUGGUCGGGCUGCUGUCGGGUUGUUGCGAGUCACCUGGGUCACCUGGUGCACGCACGACUCAUCUGGGCUCGCUGGUAUGCGCUGGUGCACGGAAGAGCAUGCCUUUGCACUGGUGCCCGAGUGUUGCCAGGUCUCACACGCGGGUGUGCCCUGCUGCUCGCCUGGAGUCAUGGGCAUGCGUGCUUGCCCUCCUCAUUCUUCUUGUUGGGCUGCCUUGUUGGCAGGCUCGUGCUAGCCACUCUGGAGGACUUGAACAUGGGCAGCAAAAACACGUUGAUCCUCUCUUUCUUGAUCAUGUCGGUAUCCGGGGGCUUGACUGCAAUUUCUACAAACAUUUGGAUGUACGCCGGAUUUCGAUUCCUGAGAGAAUUCGGAUGGUCCACGAUAGGGACGAGCGAGUUCGUUCUCGCGAGCGAGCUCGUGGGGAAAAAGUGAAGGGGCAAAAUCGGGAUAAUGGGUUUUUCGUGUUUCACGUUGGGCUUCAUGUCUUUCCCGCUCGUAGCUUUUCUACUGAGGGGGUCCUCUUGGAGGAACUCAGUGUCGAUGGUGAGGGUGGCGGGCUUGCUCGGUGGGUUUUUGGGCCCGAUGCUUGUGGUGGUCGGAAGAAGGUUACCAGAGUUGAUAUCUCAAAGUUGAAGAUGGAGGAAUUCGAAGGCCAUUCGGGUGGCGGCAAGAGGAAAUCGUGGCCGAAAGAUCAAUUCAUUGAUUUGGUGUUUUCAUGGUCAACUCAAGAAAUCUUUGAUGAGAACUUGUACAAAAAUCAGGUGGAGAAGAUUCCGGAGGAAUUCGAUAGCGUCGACAAGUACCUCGGUUCAUUUGUCUACCCUUUACUAGAAGAAACACGUGCAGAGCUUUCUUCGGCCAUGGAAACUGUGUACAAAGCACCUUUUGCCGAGAUAACGUAUUUCGUGGAGGACAAAAGUGAUGCUUUUAUCUAUGAUGUUAGAGUUGAUCACUGGACGAAUAGGCAAAGUAACCGUGGUAAGGAGGCUUAUAGAACAUUGCCCGGCGAUAUUAUUCUCGUCUCAAACAUGAAACCCGAAACAGCUUCGGAUUUGGAACGUGCCGGCUGGACUUACACGUUUGCAUGUGUAACAAAAAUCCCGGAGGACGAGGGCAAUGAUGGUAAUUCAUCAUGCAAUUUUAAGGUUAGGAUGGCCGAGUACGUUGAUACAGAUGGGCUCUAUGUGGUUUUCUUGAUGAAUGUCUCUACGCAGAAGAGAAUUUGGAAUGCACUCGGAAUGCGCCGGAAUCUCAUGAUAAUCGAGAAAGUAAUAUCAAGAGACGACAUGGUUGAGAAGAAAACUUGUGAACUUUGCCUGUCCAACCACAACAUCAAUAUAGAGGAAAAGCUCGAGCAAACACUCACAUCCAAGUUGAACGAAUCACAACUCGAGGCAAUUUCCGCAUCUCUAUCCAAAGUUCACUGCAACCACACUUCAUCGGUGGAGCUCAUGUGGGGCCCACCGGGCACUGGCAAAACUACUACUCUAAGUGUUUUGCUGUAUGCUCUCCUGAAAAUGAACGUGAGGACUCUAGUUUGUGCCCCGACGAAUAUAGCCAUCACAGAAUUGGCCUCUCGGGUUAUAGCACUCAUGAGAAAUUCAGUUGAAUCCAAAUCCGAGAAGAAAUUUCGGUUUUGUUCGUUGGGAGAAAUCCUUAUAUUCGGAAACAAGGACCGCCUGAAAGUCGGCUCCGACAUUGAGGAAAUCUUCUUAGAGUACCGUGUUGAAAGAAUUCUCGAGUGCUUAGUAUCGUACACAGGUUGGAAAAAAUGCGUGUCGUCAAUGCUCGAUUUUCUCGAGGAUUGUGUUUCUCAGCAUCAAAUCUUCUUGGAGAACGAGCUAAUCAAGGCAAGAGAAAGUACUGAAAAAGAAGAAGUUCAGAAGCCUCUAUCAAUGUCUCUUCUGGAAUUUGCUCGAGAUCGAUUUCCACAUAUUUCAAAACCACUGAGAAAAUGCAUGAUGAUAUUCUUAACACAUUUGCCUAGAAAAUCCCAUCAUGAGCAGACCUUUGAAAAAAUGGAGCAAGUAAUUUUCCAUCUCGACUCCAUUGAGAAUUUGUUGUUUGCAGACACGAGUAUGACGUGUGAUGAAUUGGAGAGCAUCUUUCUAAAAAAAGGCUUCUACGAGUGUGUGUCUAUCCUAAAAUCUCUUCAGGUGUCUCUUGGUGAACUUGGCCUUCUUCGUAUUCUCAAUGGUAAAUAUUCGGCUGAAGAGUUCUGUUUUCAGAGGGCAUCCUUAAUUUUCUGCACAACCUCAUCUUCGUAUAAGCUACACUCGUUGGAUACUGAGCCAUUUAACUUAUUGGUCAUUGAUGAAGCUGCUCAAGUAAAAGAAAGUGAAUCGAUUAUAGCACUCCAGGUCUCGGAUGUUAGACAUGCUAUUUUAGUCGGUGACGAGUGGCAAUUACCUGCUACAGUUAAGAGUAAGCUGUGUGAAGAUGCUGGGUUUGGAAGAAGUUUGUUUGAGAGGCUGAGCUCAUUGGGACACUCUAAGCAUCUGCUUAAUGUGCAAUACAGGAUGCAUCCAUCUAUAAGCCGUUUUCCAAACUCGAAUUUUUAUCAGAACCAGAUACUAGAUGCACCUUAUGUGCAGAGUCGAAGCUAUGAAAGAAGCUUUCUGCAAGGGAGAAUGUUCGGUCCAUAUUCUUUCAUAAAUGUUCGUGGGGGAAAAGAAGAAUUAGAUGAUGUUGGGCACAGCAGAAGAAAUAUGGUUGAGGUAGCUGUAAUUGUGAAACUAGUGCAAAAGCUCUAUAAAGACAACAGUGUUCUUACAAAAUUUGCCCAUUUUUGUAUGCCACAAACAGCAUGGGAUGGCUCAAACGAGAGUCUUAGCAUCGGUUUGAUUUCACCCUACGCUGCGCAAGUUGCUGCAAUUCGUGAUAGGCUUCAUCAAAAGUACGAAAACCUUAAGAAGUUUACAGUAAAGGUGAAAUCUGUUGACGGCUUUCAAGGUGGAGAAGAAGACAUUAUAAUUAUAUCAACUGUGAGGUCCCAUAGUGGUGGGUCUAUCGGUUUCUUGUCUAGUUCUCAAAGAACCAAUGUUGCUUUAACAAGAGCUCGACAUAGUCUGUGGAUAUUAGGCAAUGAAAGAACUUUAAGUAGAAGUGACUCAGUUUGGGAAGCACUGCUAUGUGAUGCUAAGCACCGGCAAUGUUUUUUCAAUGCUGAUGAAGAUGAUGAUAUUGGAAAAACUAUUAUAAAUGUUAAGAAAGAGUUACAGCAACUUGACGAUCUUCUUAGCGGAGAGAGUAUACUUUUCCGAAAUUCAAGAUGGAAGGUUUUAUUCAGUGAUAACUUUCGAAAGUCAUUCCAGAGAUUGAGACCUUCCAAUGUUAAGAAGCUAGCCAUAAAUAUUUUGCUUAAGCUUUCAAGUGGUUGGAGGCCGAAGAAAGUAAAUGUGGAUUGGAAGUGCGAGAACUCUUCGUAUAUCGUGAAGCAAUUCAAGGUUGAAAAAUACUUUGUUGUUUGCUCCAUCGAUAUAUCUAAGGACUCCAUCUAUUUCCAAGUUUUCAAAGUGUGGGACAUUUUGCCUAUUGCCGAGACCCCAAAGUUGUUGAAUCGUCUUGACAGCAUAUUCGCAAUGUACUCUGAUGACUUUAUCAGACACUGCAAUGAGAAAUUGUUCGAAGGAAAUCUUGAAGUUCCAAGAAAUUGGUCAGUUUCUAAGGAUAUAGUUCGUUACAAGAAUUCCAAUAACGCCAACUUCAACACGAGUGCAAGUGGCAGUGCAAAUGAUGGUAGAACUUUUGUGGAGAAUUCAAAAGUGAAUGAGAGCUUACUGUUGAUGAAAUUCUACUCACUAUCAUCGGGAAUCGUGAAUCAUUUGCUUACUGAUGCUGAGGGCCGAGAAGUGGAUCUCCCAUUUGAGGUUACUGACGAAGAGCGUGAGAUAAUAAUGUUUUCCAGAAGCAGUUUCAUACUUGGAAGAUCUGGCACUGGGAAGACCACUGUUUUGACUAUGAAGUUGUACCAAAAGCUUCAGCAAUAUUUCAUCACUUCACAUGAAUCUGUUGGCAAUGAAGAAGCUGAUCAUUCAGAAUCUGUGGAAUCUCCCACACUGCACCAGCUUUUCGUGACCGUUAGCCCGAAACUCUGUUUUGCUGUCAAAAAGCAUAUUACUCAGCUGAAGAGCUUUGCUAGUGGAAACCAUGUCGGGAGCAUCACUGAUAUGGAUGAAAUUGAUGAAGUGGCUGAGUUUAAAGAUAUUCCGGACACAUUUGUUGGUAUUCAACCAGAAAAGUACCCUCUAAUCAUCACAUUUCAUAAGUUUCUAAUGAUGCUUGAUGGUACUUUGGGUAACUCAUAUUUCGAGAGGUUCCGUGAAGUGAGAGGUUCCUCUAAAUAUGACGGUGGUGGAAGAUCGAUUGCUCUGCAGACUUUCAUUCGAAAAAAUGAGGUUACUUAUGACCGUUUUCGGGCCCUAUACUGGCCCCAUCUCAAUGAAAAGCUCACGAAGAAUCUUGAUCCAUCAAGAGUUUUCAUAGAAAUUAUGUCUUACAUUAAAGGCGGACUGCAAGAAGGCGAAGCAUGCAAUGGAAGAAUAAGCCGGAAAGAGUACUUAUUGUUAUCCGAAAGUCGGAUCUCGACUUUAACUUCUGAAAAGAGGGAGUUUGUGUAUGAUAUUUUUGAGCAUUAUGAGAAGAUGAAGGUGGAAAGAGGUGAGUUUGAUCUUGCCGAUUUUGUGAUAGACAUUCACUUCCGACUCAAGAAUGAGAAUCUUAUGGGUGACAAAAUGGACUUUGUGUACAUUGACGAAGUUCAAGACCUUACCAUGCGCCAAAUUUCACUAUUCCGAUAUAUCUGCAAAAAUGUCGAUGAAGGCUUUGUUUUUUCUGGCGACACUGCACAAACUAUUGCCAGGGGGAUUGAUUUUCGCUUCGAAGAUAUUCGAUCUUUGUUCUAUACCGAGUUUUUCAUGAAAUCUAGAAAUGGCGAUUUUCGAGGAAGAAGAGAAAAGGGGCAUAUCUCGGAUAUAUUUUGUUUGUCACAGAAUUUUCGUACUCAUACAGGAGUACUUAGGUUAGCUCACAGUGUCAUAGAUAUUAUUUGCCAUUUUUUCCCGCUGUCGAUUGAUGUCUUACCUCCAGAGACGAGCCUUAUAUAUGGUGAGUCUCCUGUUGUACUCGAGCCUGGAAGUGAUGAGAACUUAAUUAUGACUAUUUUCGGGCAUAGCGCAAAUGCUGGUCGAAAAUGGGUGGGUUUUGGUGCUGACCAGGUUAUUCUAGUGAGAGAUGAUUCUGCUAGAAAUGAAAUCUUGAACUAUAUUGGUCAUCAAGCUCUGGUUUUGACUAUAGUUGAGUGCAAAGGCCUAGAGUUUCAGGAUGUCCUGUUAUACAACUUCUUCGGCUCUUCACCUUUGAGCAAUCAAUGGCGAGUCUUGUAUGAAUUCUUGAAAGAAAAAGACCUCCUUGAUGCAAACUCUCCAAACUCCUUCCCGAGUUUCAGUCACUCUAAACACAAUCUAUUGUGCUCUGAACUUAAACAACUAUACGUGGCGAUAACUCGUACGAGGCAAAGAUUAUGGAUCUGUGAGAACAACGAAGAGCUUUCGAAGCCUAUGCUCGACUAUUGGAGAAGACUUUGCCUUGUCCAAGUGAGAAAAAUUGACGAUUCAUUAGCAGAGGCAAUGCAGAGGGCAAGCAGCCCCGAAGAGUGGAAAUCACAAGGGAUCAAGCUUUUUUGGGAGAAAAAUUACGAGAUGGCGACUUUGUGCUUUGAGAAAGCAGGCGAUGAGACGUGGGAGAAGAGAGCUAAAGCUUCCGGGCUAAGAGCUUCUGCUGAUACUCUUCGCGGUUUGAAUCCGGAAGAAGCUCACGUGAUGCUUAGAGAGGCGGCCGAAAUAUUUGAUUCCAUUGGGAGAGCUGACUCAGCAGCUGAAUGUUUUUGCGAAUUGGGGGAAUACGAAAGAGCAGGGAACAUAUAUUUGAAAAAGUGCGGUAUAUCUGAGCUCAGAAAGGCUGGCGAAUGUUUCUCUCUUGCCGGAAGUUACAGAACUGCAGCAGAAGUUUACGCAAAAGGGAACUUUUUCGACGAGUGCUUGACAGCUUGCACCAAAGGCAACUAUUUCGACCUCGGCUUGCAGUAUAUUGAGCAGUGGAAACAACAGGUAUCCCUGAACAGCAAGCUUCAGACAAAAUCCAAGGAGAUUGACAAGGUCUCUCAGGAGUUUCUAGAAGAAAUCGCCGUGGAAUGUCAUAAGAAAAAGGAUAACACUUCAUUAAUGAAGUUCGUCCGGGCCUUCAACACAAUGGAGUCCAAACGCACGUUCUUGAAGUCAAUCGAUUGCCUUGACGAGCUUCUAACUUUGGAAGAAGACUCCCGAAACUUCCAUGAGGCUGCGAAAAUCGCCAAGCGCCUCGGAGAUAUUUUACGAGAGGCUGAUCUUCUAGAAAAGGCCGGUGAUUAUUCAGAUGCUACCUCACUCAUACUUUUGUAUGUUCUGUCGAACUCUCUUUGGUCUCCAGGCAGCCAUGGAUGGCCGUUAAAGUCUUUUCCUUCUAAGGAGAAACUUUUAACCAAAGCUGUGUCAAUUGCAUGGAAAGUCUCUGCAACUUUUCAUGCAUCAGUUUCUGCAUCGGCCAAUGCUAUUAUGACUCAUGAACAGAAUACGAACUUGUCUGAGUUAAUGCAGUUUUACCGCUCGGCAAGCCGUAGUUUUUCUUUUACGGCUGUGAUUCUAACUGUGAGAAAAAUUUUAGACAGCCAUCUUCAAGUACAUCCGGCCAAGUAUGAGUGGGAUCUUAAACCGCAAAACGAUACAAAGCUAGUCGAGAGGAUUUUAAGGAACCAAGCCUCGUGCAGAACUCUCGUUUACGUUUGGAAUGUAUGGAAAAUGAACGUUUUACGGAUCCUAGACUGUUCGGACUCUCUUUUCGAGAGCUGUCACGACACUGCAGAAUUCUGCUUUACCUAUUUUGGUGUCCGGUCAGCUCAAAAUUUAAGCGGCAGCUUUGUGUUGUUAAAACCCGAUGCUGCAUGGGUUGCAAAUGCUGUCGAUAAAAGGUUUAUCGUGAGGGAAAAUAAUUUAACGGCUCUUGAUGCCCGUCAUUUUGCUUCAGCUUCUCAAAAUUACUGGCGUGGGGAAUUGGUUUCUACUGGGUUUAAGGUAUUAGAGGCCCUUCAGAAACUAUAUAAAUUUUCCGAGUCGAGCUUCUGCCAAUGUUCAUCACUGAUUUGCAUUUAUGAAGUGACGAGAUUCUUUAUCGAGACGAAUUAUCUUGAUGCGAAGAAAGGUGAUGAACGAAGGCUGCAAGAGUUUCUCCAGCUGUCCGCCAACUACUUUGAAUUUGUUUUCCCUUUGGACCCUCGGCAGUCUUUGUCCGAAACUCUUAUCCGGUUAAGAGAAACUGAAAUCUCCAAGGAUUUACUCGGAGAGAUUAUUUCGAGGAAUAUCAGCACAAGAUUUGGCGGGAACAUAUCUUGGCAGCCGUUCAUGGAAAGUUUCGAAAAGGCUAUGAAUUCGUACUCGAUUCAUUCGGAAAUAAUAAUGGUUCGAGAGUUUCACAGAGUAUUGGAAGAGUCCUUCCACGCCAGGUGGAGCGCGAAAGACUGCAUAUCUCCAAAUUGUUUCGUUUAUUUGGUCGAGAGGCUUUUGAUUUUAGUCCCUCACCCUAAAGGCAUAUUUUUCACCUCGAAAUCUUCGUUCGUUGAGCACGUAAUGUGCCUUCAGCCUGAUGACAACCCGUGUGCCGUUUUUUUCACGGACAAGAAAUUUUACCCAAGUGACAUUUUCAAGUUUCUCUUCUGGGCAGUUCAGCAUUGCCUCUUUAACUGUCGCGAGGCAGAAGGGUGGAUAAAAAAAUCGGGUAUCAACUCCAGGUACUAUCUCCCGGUGCUGGUGCUGAGAUUGGUCGUGAUCCUAUGUUCUUUGUGCCUGAACUCAGAUAAUUCAUUCAACGUACUAUACGAGAUGCUCGAUGUACAACACGUCAGAUCAAAGCUGCCGGAGGACUUCUGUCAGGCUCUUUUCAGCAGGAGGAAAAACUUCUGGUACGUUGAUUUAAUUGCGUCGGCUUUCAAAGUAAUUGGAGAUCCUCUCGUGAUUGUGUCCUCUGGUGGGGCCCGCUCAAGGUUAUCUUGUCCAGAUGCCGUUUUUCUGGACAUGAGCUCUUUCUCGUGCAAAAACGAGGUCUUGGAAGUACUUUUUCCUAAGAGCACUGAUUAUUCGGACGAGCAGCCUGAUGAAGAAAUAGCAGUUAUUAUUUCUCCUCUGGUGAGUGGAACUACGGAGAGUGAUACGAAGUCGAGCUCAGAGAAUGAAAUUAAAGGGAAAGUUGAAAUAAAUUGGGGCCUCGUUCGAGAAAUGUCCGAGGCCUUGGAGUCGGUUGAGAAAACGAGUGGCGACGGGAAAUUGGAGAGCAUUGUUCUAAAAAAGAAGGUGAAAAUUGAGGAGCAUAUGAAUUUUUUGAUAUCCACAAUGUCUGAUUCUGGUGAAGAAGGUGAAAAUGAGCUGCAUUUAGCAACAGACGUGUUUGAGGAAUUGAACACGAUAUGUUCUUCGUUGGAUACUACGAGUACUACUGGACUGGAUCAUAAAACAAUAUCUUCGGUUGGAAAACAUUUGAAGAGCUUGGAGAUGAGAAUCCCAAAGAGUUCUUCAUAUUCAAGCGUGGAGAAUGAUGAUGAGCCGAACGUUGGAAGUGUUGCUCCACAAGGGAUGGACGGCGAAGAAGAAGAAGAAGAAGAAGCUUCUGGAAGCAGUCUUUUUCCGACUGAAGAGAGAAAAACGAAUUGGGAUUUGUUAGCAGGUGGAAAGAAUCUUGGUAGUGAGGGCGCUGGAUGCAGUCGGGGAAAAGGGCAUAACAAGAAAAAUAAGAAGUCGAAAAAAAGGAAAGGCGGAAGAAGGAAAUAA